GACCCUCCAUCUUUAUACGUCAUUGCUUUUCUAUUUCCCCACAACAGAAGCUGGGAAAGCAGCGGAUUUCUUCAGAUACAUUCCAGAUAUCGCUCCGAGGUAUUGAUUUACUUUCAGUGCGAGAUGUCCUACGUCUUCAUCAACGACUCCCUGCAGACCACCGUGCCGCUGCUUCAGGCCUGCAUCGAUGGGGAUCUCGCUCACACCAAACGGCUCCUGGAGUCCGGAUUCGACCCAAACACCCGGGACUGCCGCGGACGCACCGGAUUGCACCUGGCUGCCGCUCGCGGAAACGUGGAGAUCUGCUCUUUGCUGCAUAAGUUCGGAGCCGAUCUGCUGGCCACUGACUCGCAGGGCAACACCGCACUGCACAUGUGUGGGCAUGUAGACACCAUCCAGUUCCUGGUGUCCAACGGCCUCAAGAUUGACAUCUGCAAUCACAAUGGAGCCACUCCGCUGGUGCUGGCCAAGAGACGCGGUGUGAAUAAAGACGCUCUCCAUCUGCUGGAGGGCCUGGAAGAGCAAGAAGUGAAGGGCUUCAACCGCAGCUCCCAUUCCAGUCUAGAGAAGAUGCACAUGGCUGAGAACGAAAGCGCCAUGGAGAGCCACUCUCUUCUCAACCCACACCUGCAUCAGAGCGAUGGCGUGUUGUCCAGCUUCCGCACUAAGUGGCAGGAGUUCGUGGAAGAUCUCGGCUUCUGGCGAGUGCUCUUGCUGCUCCUCGUCAUUGCUCUUCUCUCACUUGGCAUCGCGUAUUACGUCAGCGGAGUCUUGCCUUUCGCGUCUAAUCAGCUGGAACUCGUGCACUAAUAAGAACGCUCAUUUCUUUUUUUAAUCUUGCAUUAGCUAAUGAUUGUUCCUGCAGCAACCGUGCUUUAAAUUGUAAUCGUACAUUGUGACCGAAUACUCUAAUACGCUUGUGUAUAUAAUGUAAAUAGACUUUUCGUGUGCUAAAACGUUCGUGUUGCGUGUUAGGAGGAAUCUUUUUACCGCCUGUCCUGCACCCUUUCGUGCUAUCGUUUCUGUACCGGCCCGCAUCACCACCUUUUUAUAUAAUAUUUAAAUUAUUGGAUUUACGCAUUGAAGUUUCGUGUUUGCAAAAAAGUGUUUAUGAUGGAGUUUAACCCUUGCACUUUAACAACGGUGUAUGUGAAAUGGGAGAUUUCUACAGUUUGGUGGGUUUUAUGUCCCCGUGAAACUAUAUUGCACAUGUUAUGUAAAUAUUAGCUACAUUUAAUGCCACAUGGUUUUUCAUACAUUGACAAACAAAAAAAAAGUAAUAAAGCACUUAAUUUCCCAUGUCA